UUGGUUUUGAAUUGUCGGAAUGAGUCAAGUUUUGGGGUCGAACCAUAAUUUUCAUGUGUUUAGGGUAUAAUGUGAAAAAGUAGUACGACAUAUUUCGAUGAUCCAAAUAAAAGACAUACUGCCUACUGCAAGAGCAAGAAGCAAAUUGUUCCAACGAAUGUGAGCCAUCAGAUGCGAGGCGGUUAAAGAUGGACAAGUGAAAGUCCACCACAGGAUCAAAAUUCAAGAACUGGGGUCUCCAUUUCGAGAUAUUUUUGGGCUGAGAUGAAGAGAAUGUGUUGCAAAACUAGAGGCAAAAGUUUCGAGAAAACUAAAAUUUCACUGCUACAGUUAUUCUAUAUGCUCUUUCGGUGAAAUCAGCAAGAAAAUCUUGGAAAAUGGGAGAAGUUGUGGUGGGCGGGGAAGGUGGAAUGGAAUUAGCAGUUGAAGAAACACAAGUUGGAGCAGAGACAGGAAAAGAAGCUGAAGAGAAGAACAAGAAGCAGAAGAUUACAGCAGAAGCCGGUAAUGGAGGCGGAGAUACGGCGGCGGAACCGGCGGCUGGUAGUGCUACUUCUGUUGUGAGGUGGGAGAGGUUUCUCCCAAAAAUGGUGGUGAGGGUGCUGUUGGUGGAAGCUGAUGACUCCACUAGGCAGAUUAUUGCUGCCCUUCUCAGGAAAUGCAGCUACAGAGUUUCUGCAGUUCCUGAUGGUUUAAAAGCAUGGGAAGUACUGAAAGGAAGACCUCGUACCAUAGACCUUAUUUUGACAGAAGUUGAAUUGCCCUCAAUCUCUGGAUAUGCACUUCUCACUUUAAUUAUGGAGCAUGAAGUCUGCAAAAAUAUUCCAGUAAUAAUGAUGUCGUCACAAGACUCAGUCAGUACAGUAUAUAAAUGCAUGCUGAGAGGUGCGACCGACUUUCUUGUCAAGCCAGUCAGGAAAAAUGAGCUGAGAAAUUUGUGGCAGCACGUUUGGAGGAAACAAGCUUCAAGCACUGGUGCUGGCCUUGGACCUCCAGAUUUGAGUAUAGCUCAACAAAAGGAUGAAGACACAUCUGAAAACAAUCCUCUUAGUAACCAUUCAAGUGGUUAUAUAUCAACAAUUCAGAAAAAUAGGGAGUGCAUUGAGAAGGGAAGUGACAUUCAGAGCUCAUGCUCAAAACCAGAGUUGGAGGUUGAAGGCGAGGACAGUGAACAAGUUGACUGCUUCUCUCAGCCAAAAAGUACCAAAUGUCUUUCAGAUGACUUCAAUAUUCCUACACAAGAAGGAUGUCAUCAAGAAAGUAGAAAACGACGAGCACAUGAUAAUGAAACUGAAGAGUCGCAGGCUGUACCCAAAGUAGAUGCAAAUUAUGCAAUAACACGAGAGGAAAAGAAUUCUGACGAUGGCCGGGAAGAAGUUAAUGCCACUGUCCAAGUUUCUGAGAAAAAUAAUGUCCUUGAUGAUUCUUCUAAAGAGGCCAUUGACUUGAUUGGAGCUUUUGAUAAUCACCUCAAAAGCACUUUUGGGAGUGCUCCAUCAAAUUUCAGUACAAACAAGUUCGAUAAUUUGCCUCAGUUGGAUCUGUCUCUGAAAAGAUAUCAUCCCAGUGGUCAUGUGGCUCAAGUAAAUGAUGAAAGGCAUAGAUUAAACCAUUCUGGUGCGUCAGCGUUUUCUAGGUAUAUAAAUAAGCCACUGCCGCUCCGGAACUGCACAUCGCCUAGUACCUGUAAUCAACCGAAAGACCAUGAUACCAAUUCCAAGAAGCAACAAUCCAGAGAGUAUAAUUCUGAUACACAUGGUCCAACAAUAAGCUCUCAGAAACAUGUUUCUGUGGCUACAGUCCAAACAGGACAGCGGGAAAUGACUUUUUCUUACUCUCAGAACAGAGAAAUAUCUCAUCCAAUUCCCGUUAGAGGCGUAAGAUUUGAGAAUAUACUUAAAGACUAUGGUUCUGUGGUGCCUCCAACGUAUCGUGCACAAUCAGGCCAAUCACCACUGCCUAGUCCAGGUGCAGCUCACCACUCAGAAUCGUUGCCCCGAUUGAAUCCAUUCUAUUCAUCAGACUGCCAACCCUCAAGUUCUCAGCAAUUUCAUAACCUUAUGGAUCAAAGAAUCAGUAAUGCCAUUGAUCAAACCGAUAACAAACAUGGCCAUAAAUUGGAAAACUUGGAGGAUCCAGGCCAUGUUUCUCCUGCAAAUGAUCAGAGUGGUACUAGCAGUUUCUGCAAUAGUAAUGUAAGCCAUCAUCAGAGUACAGGUUCUGGCAGCAAUGGUAAGAUCAAUGUGAUUUCAGGCAACAAGACUCCAUCAGAAUGUGGUAAUGAAGAGAGCUUCCAUGUUCAUGAGGGAUCCUCUCAUCGGUCCAUGCAAAGAGAAGCAGCUCUAACAAAAUUUCGAAUGAAGAGGAAAGAUAGAUGCUUUGAGAAGAAGGUGCGAUAUGAGAGCAGAAAAAAGCUGGCUGAGCAGCGCCCACGUGUAAAAGGACAGUUUGUUCGUCAAGUGCCUAAUGAUCCUCAACCAGGGAACUCAUCAGCUGGUUAGCUAAACAAUCAGUCCUCUAAGUGGAGCAAAUCUGAACAAAUUUUGGCAGAAACUAGUAGACGUGAUCAGUUAGAUCUUGACUUCUCUUAGAUUCCUUUAGCUUCAUGUAACUAUUAGAGAACAAAUGUAAAUCGGUUGAAUGAUUCUAAUACCUUUCUCCUCCUCAAAAGAUGUCUGAAUCAUCAUGUAAGUAUUAUAGGUUGUUUUCUUUUCUUAUAUAUAUAUAUAUAUAUUUCUUUUG